AGGGGACUAUCUCCUAGUGGCAGGCCCUUCGAUAAAAUCAGGAACUUGCGCUGGCCCUGCAAUGUCAAGGGAGGGGGCUCACCCAGGGCGCCUGGAGCUCAGGGGGCAGGCCUGAGCCCUGCGUCCACCCCACCACCUUCCAGCCCCUCAACGGGGUACCCCUGGCUCCAUCCUGAGGGGCUCCGAACUGGCUCCCACCGAGGCAGGGGAUCUGACUGGCUUGGAGUUCGGCUGGAUGUUACAGGCGUGCAAAAUGGAAGGGUUUCCCCUCGUCCCCCCUCCGUCGGAAGACCUGGUUCCCUAUGACACGGACCUGUACCAACGCCCGGCUCACGAGUACUACCCCUAUCUCAGCAGCGAUGGAGAAAGCCACAGUGACCAUUACUGGGACUUCCACCCACACCACGUGCACAAUGAGUUCGAGAGCUUCCCUGAGAACCACUUCACAGAGCUGCAGAGCGUGCAGCCCCCGCAGCUGCAGCAGCUCUACCGCCACAUGGAGCUGGAGCAGAUGCACGUCCUCGACACGCCCAUGGUGCCACCCCACACCAGCCUCGGCCACCAGGUCUCCUACCUGCCCCGGAUGUGCCUCCCUUACCAAUCCCUGUCCCCAGCUCAGCCCAGCUCAGAUGAGGAGGAGGGUGAGCGGCAGAGCCCCCCACUGGAGGUGUCCGACGGGGAGGCUGAUGGCCUGGAGCCUGGGCCAGGCCUCUUGCACGGGGAGACAGGCAGCAAGAAGAAGAUCCGCCUGUACCAGUUCCUGCUGGACCUGCUGCGCAGCGGCGACAUGAAGGACAGCAUCUGGUGGGUGGACAAGGACAAGGGCACCUUCCAGUUCUCGUCCAAGCACAAGGAGGCGCUGGCGCACCGCUGGGGCAUCCAGAAGGGCAACCGCAAGAAGAUGACCUACCAGAAGAUGGCGCGCGCGCUGCGCAACUACGGCAAGACGGGCGAGGUGAAGAAGGUGAAGAAGAAGCUCACCUACCAGUUCAGCGGGGAGGUGCUGGGCCGCGGGGGCCUGGCCGAGCGCCGCCACCCGGUGCACUGAGCCCCGCGCCCGGCCGCCCCGCCCCGCGCGCCCGGGACCCCGCCGCCUCCGCCGGCCACAGCAUUAACCCCUCGCCCGGCCGGACACAGGGGCCAGGGCGUUCCCGAGGGCGCAGGCAGGACUGCGGGGGGUGGGGGGAGCCCGGUCCCGCCCCGCCGCACCCCUCCUUCCAACACCCCCCCUCCCGGUCCCCCUCCCUCUGGACUCAGCCUGGGCGUCGGGAGGCGGGGGGGGGGGGCGUCGGACCCUCCCCAGGGUCAGCCUCCCAUAGUGACCACAGGUGCUGCCUCGGGAGUCUGAGGUUGUCCCACCAGUGUAAAUUGGACCCACCCCUUAGCACCGCCCUCCCCACCCCCCUCACCCACCGGCCUUCCCCGGAUCAGAGUAAAAUUAUUC